AUGUUUCCUCCACAAGCUGACCAACCUCAGUCAAAGAGACGAAGACUUGAAACAAGACAGUCCGAACAAAUUGCUAGUUUGGUUAGUGGUCUUCCUACCCCGCCAAUUACUGCUACCACUACGCGACCUUCUGCCACGAAAAUGUUUUCAACUGGACCUAGUUCAGUUUUUGAUGUCGUCGGUUCUUCAGCACCGCCUGGUUUUUCAGUUCCACGAUUUAAUAUGGAUGCUGCUUCUGAGAGGCUGGCCUUACACAUGGCAGAAGAACAACUCUUUUCACCUAGUCCUCGAGGAAAGGGCAUUUCUAUAGAUGAAGGGGGUGCUCAAGAUGAAAAUCCUUCACGUGCUAGUUUACAAAAGGAAGUCUCAGUGCUCAGCCAGAAGAAUAUCAAACUUGAUAUACAAGUAGCAGAGCUUCGUGCUCAGAAUAUUGAUCUUCGUAUUAAAGUGUCCAAGCUUCAAUAUGAUAAAACUUAUCUUAGUGGACAACUGGCGGAAUUCAAAAAGGAUAAGAAAUUCAAGAGUAAGCAGAUUUCAGAUCUACAGGAACAUUUCAAUCUGCUGACCUCUAGUUACAUUGAAUUGAAAAAGAAAUUGGAAGCUGAUCUUGGCGAUAAAUAUAAGGCAACUGCAGAAGAACAGAGAUUUAAUUUACACGUGCAGGCAUUUCCAGUAGACGUACCGAUCGGUCAGUCUUCUGGCACUGCUGAACGUAUCGCAGUUGAUCCUCCUGUGGCUCCUCAUAUUCAAGAAAUAAUUCGAAAAGGUCAAGAAGAUGAUACUGAAAGGGGGGAAAUUGUUGUUCAAAAGGAAUGCUACUCGGAAUACUUCUAA